AUGGACGCCUCCUCCCUCCGCAUCUCCAAGUUCGAUGGAACUAACUUCCACGCCUGGAAGUUCAAGAUGCAGAUGGUGCUGGAGGAACGGGACCUAUGGGAGGUCGUCAGCGGUGAGAUCAAGGCGGAACAGUGCGAGACUCAGUUGGACCAAGCGACGUACAAGAGGAAGUCAAAGAAAGGCGAUGGCAGUGAUCUGUCUAGCCAUGGAAGAUUCCCAGCUACCGUUGGUCCGGUCGGCAAGUGGUGCAUGCGACGCAUGGUCAAGCUCAAGACGCUGGCGGAACAGCUAGAGGCGGUGGGGGCUCCAGUCUGCGAGGACGAUCUGGUGAUCACACUUCUCGGCAGCCUGAGUGACUCGUAUCAAUUCUUGAUCACAGCUUUGGAGUCGCGCUCAGACACUCUUAGCUGGGAGCUCGUGACGUCUCGACUGCUUCAUGAAGAAAUGAAGCGGAAGGAGCAAGGAAGUAAAGGUGAUGAAGCUUCGCAAGGUCAAGCGUUCAUCACGAGGGACAAUCAGCGCAAAGGGCGACCAGUGAAGAAGUCCUGGCCGUGCCACAAUUGCGGAAAGACUGGUCACUGGAUGGCGGAGUGCCCCUCGCGCAUCCAAGAAAACACGGAGAGACACCGGCCACAGCGUGCUCAAGACAGCGGCGACCGCUAUCGAUCACAACGUGCAAACGUCGCUCAAGAAGAAGACUCGGGCGACUACCUCUUUUCGAUCGGUGAAACGACAUCAGCGAAAUCGAGCGACAUCUGGCUGGUCGACUCCGGGGCGACGCAGCACAUGACGUGCUCCAAGAAGUUCAUGCGAAACUACAAGGGGUUUGACGCUGUGGAUGUCCAUCUCGCGGAUGAUGGAAUCGUCCAAGCAAUCGGCAGUGGGGACAUUGUCAUGUCGAUGAAGACACCCCAAGGGAUGAAGAAAGGUGUGCUCACAAACGUGUGGCACAUCCCAAAGUUAUCCAGAAACCUGUUCUCGGUCGUCCGCUUCACCAAGGAUGUCGGCCCAGUGACGUUCACGAAGGAUGGGUGCUAUGGAGAAGCGAAAGGGACCAAGUGGAAAAUUGGUGCCCGUGAAGGUAAAGGACUGUUCAAGCUGCAAAUGACUCCAGUGGCGCCGGAACAAGCAAAUGCAGCCAAGUCGUCGGGAUGUCAAGGGGGCACCAAGUCGUACCUCUGGCACCUUCGGCUUGGCCACAUAGGUCACGAUGGACUCAAUUACAUCGUGACGAAGAACAUUGGAAUUGGCAUCGACAUAUCUUCGGUGAAGAAUUGGGACGUGUGUGAAGGUUGUGCUCUGGGAAAACAGACUCGAGUGCGCUUCCAAUCAAACACUACAGCUCGCACCUCCAAACUCCUCGAAGUGAUUCACAGCGACGUAUGCGGACCGAUGUCGAUGGCAACUUUCAGUGGAAAACGGUACUUCGUGACAUUCAUCGAUGACAAGUCAAGAUACUGUGUCGUCUAUCUGCUCAAGAGCAAAUCUGAAGUUGCGGCGAAGUUCAUGGAAUACGCUGCGAUGGCCGAAACGCAAACCGGAAAGCGCGUGAAGUACCUUCAAAGCGACAAUGGGGGGUGA